CAUAAUUGAUUAUGGUUUUCAGAUGCCAGGCGGUGGUGUAACAGUGAAAGACGUCAACCAGCAGGAGUUUGUCCGCGCGCUGGCAGCCUUCCUCAAGAAGUCGGGGAAGCUGAAGGUGCCAGACUGGGUUGACAUUGUUAAGCUGGCCAAGCAUAAAGAGCUGGCUCCCUGCGACGAGAACUGGUUCUACAUCAGAGCUGCCUCCACAGUGCGUCACCUGUACCUGCGUGGAGGUGUUGGCGUGGGCUCCAUGACAAAGAUCUAUGGCGGCCGUAAAAGGAACGGCGUGUGCCCCUCUCACUUCAGUGUGGGCUCCAAGAACGUUGCCCGUAAAGUGCUCCAGGCCCUCGAGGGACUCAAGAUGGUGGAGAAAGACCCCAAUGGUGGGCGUAGGCUGACCCCUCAGGGCACCAGAGACCUGGACAGAAUUGCUGGGCAGGUUGCCGCUGCAAGCAAGAAAUCUUGAAGUGUAAAAUAAACUUUUGUGAGAAACCAA